UCAAGCAACAUAUCGUGGAUGAUGCUGACGGUAUUGCCAGCGGAGUGGGUUUUAAGCUACAGCAUGCUGUCGCUGAUUUUGAUCCUCAGAGCCUAGCCAAAUCACCUCUACUGCCAUAUCAAACACUGUGUAAGUGAACUCAUGUGUGGAGGAGGCGUAAUCAGCCGGGAAAUUUCAUAGAAGGAUCUGGGAAAAGGCUAAAAAUAAGUUCAACAUGAUUCUGCUACUGGGGUCUGGAUUGCUAUAGGACCAGCAUUGCUUCUUGCUUUGAAUUCUGAAGACAGAUCCAAAGCAUAUUUCUUAUGUGUGUCUGCAGUGUUUCUCUCUGGAAGGGCGGGAGACUGCUUCUUGACUGUGUUUUGAAAUGGGAGGUAGAAUGGAUUGCCUUUAAUUCAAGCCUGAAAAUGUAUUCUUUGGAUAAUUAAAAAGAAACUGCUUUUCUAAAACAUACCUGAUCUUUUAGUUUCUAUUGGUCAAUGACCCCCACCACCACCAUUUAACCUCCAGAGUGAUUAGCCUGCCCCUCUUGUAUUCUCAUGGAAGGAGCUGAGUAUAUCUAAUAUUAGGAGAACAUCCAGAAUCCUUUGAGGAGGGGGAUGGCUCUUCAUAUUCAUGAAGCUUGCAUACUUCUGUUGGUCAUCCCCAGAUUGGUCACCUCUGCUGCCAUCAGUCAUGAAGACUAUCCUGCUGAUGAAGGUGACCAGACUUCCAGUAAUGACAAUCUGAUUUUUGAUGACUAUCGAGGGAAAGGGUGUGUGGAUGACAGCGGCUUUGUGUACAAGUUGGGAGAACGAUUUUUCCCAGGGCAUUCCAACUGUCCAUGUGUCUGUGCUCUGGAUGGACCUGUUUGUGACCAGCCAGAAUGCCCUAAAAUUCACCCAAAAUGUACUAAAGUGGAACACAAUGGAUGCUGUCCUGAGUGCAAGGAAGUGAAAAACUCUUGUGAAUAUCAUGGGAAAAAUUACAAAAUCUUGGAGGAAUUUAAGCCCUCUCCAUGUGAAUGGUGUCGCUGUGAGCCCAGCAAUGAAGUUCACUGUGUUGUAGCAGACUGCGCAGUUCCUGAGUGUGUCAACCCAGUCUAUGAACCAGAACAAUGUUGUCCUGUCUGCAAAAAUGGUCCAAACUGCUUUGCAGGAACUACGAUCAUUCCGGCUGGCAUUGAAGUGAAAGUGGAUGAAUGUAACAUCUGUCACUGUCACAACGGGGACUGGUGGAAGCCUGCUCAGUGUUCAAAACGCGAAUGCCAAGGCAAGCAGACUGUGUAGAACAGAUUCCCACCCGAUGACGAGCUCUUAGGAGAGAAUGCUAUGCCUUCUACACUGCACAUGUUUAAAACAAGAGAAAACAAACAAACUCCUGCCAGCUACAACAGGGUCACCAGCAAAACCUUUUAG